AUGAGCACCCUGGGCGUAAACCGCGAGCUUUUAUGGCGCAAACUCUUUGCGUUCGAUGACGAUGUCUCCACUAGUGCACAGCAAAAUAGCGAAUAUCAGCGCAAGAUAAUUGAAAAUGCUGUAGUUCAUGGGCGUCACGAGCCUCUGCGUGAGAUGCUGUUGCAGCGACUCGGUUACUGGUUACGUUCGGAUAUCGUACCGCCUUUUUGGGGCUUUUUUGACCCAAUUUCGGCCAAAAUCAAACGCAAUAGGAACAGCAAGCAAGACCGUAGACGAGUGGCUUUGCUGUGUGCGCAACAGCUCACAUUAGCACUGCAGUUUGCCAAGGAAGCCUUUGCCCACUGCGUCGAGAUCGCUAGCCUCUUUGACGAUCAUGUACAGCUUAGAAGAGGUCAGUGGACAAUGUUACAAGAACUUCAAAUUCGAUUUCGCACUUUAGUGUUUGAAGACUUGCGGUCAGUUGAAAAAUUUGAAGAAUUGUUGAUCAUUUUCUUCUCUAUGAGCUUUUACAAAUUUCGAGGCAAGGAGCAGUCCGAAGUUUUCAAUUCAGGACCGAUACAACAAAUUCUGUUGCAGCUCGAGUGGCUACAUGUGGUAGAAUCUGCUUUAUUACGAGUAUUAUAUUCGCAAAUUAAGAGACAGGUCAAGACGACAUGUGGAGAAGUGUACGACGAACUGUUUUUGGCAGAUGUAGAGCAGUGGACAUGCUCUGACUUGAUGCCAUGGCUUAAGGAGACAUUGCAGACGAACGAUGAAGUAAUUUUUAGUAAGUGGAAAAAGAUUGUAUCGCAACAUACACUUGAAGAAUUUGGCAGUCUACGCAUCAAGCAACUAUUUGAGAUUAUCAAAGAGUUUCCCGAUAGUAUACCAGCAUUAGAAGAUCUACGACAAUGUCUUGAGCGUACCCAGCAGCAUGGCGAGCUUGUGCAAGAAUUUCGACGUGCGUUGCAGUCACGAUUAUUACAGCCAGGCGCUAAUACGUCGGCGAUUCUCGACAUUUAUGUGUCUGCCAUCAAGGCCUUCCAACUGUUAGAUCCCAAGGGUGUAUUGCUCGAAGGCCUGAGUGGUCCUAUCAAAGAGUAUUUGAGGAAACGCAAAGAUACAGUUCGAUGCAUUGUUCAGAGUCUUACAGAAGAGCAAAGUGGUGAUCUAUUCGAGGAGCUUCGUCGAGACAAUAUGCGUAUGAUCCAGCACGACGAUGACAGCGAUGACGACGAGGACAUAUCACCCGACUCGUGGGAACCAGAUCCGAUUGAUGCGGAUCCGACAAAAUCGUCACGCAGUCGAAGCAGUGAUGAUAUUUUAAGAAUUCUUGUUAAUAUAUAUGGAAGUCGCGAAUUGUUUGUAAACGAAUAUCGGAUAAUGCUGGCAGAUAAAUUGUUGCAGAAUCUCGAAUUCGAUACAGAUCGUGACGUGCAGACACUAGAGUUACUGAAGUUGCGGUUUGGUGAGGACAGCUUGCAGCAGUGCGAAAUCAUGGUGCGCGAUGUUGAUGAUUCAAAGCGACUCAACCGAAAUGCUUUGUCAGCAAUGGAGAACUUUGCAAUAAUGAAGGAAGCAUCGACUGAUAACUCACUCGCUCAUUCAACGACACCAUCUAGCUACGUCGAUGCGACGAUUGUUUCGCAGCAAUUUUGGCCUCCUCUACAAGGCGAAGAUUUUAAACUGCACUCAAAAGUCUCAAAGGAUAUUGACGCAUUUAAAGAAGCCUAUAGCGUAUUGCGAAACCCUCGUUCAUUAGACUGGAAUGCUUCACUUGGAUCAGUACAGCUCUCAAUCGAACUCGAGAAUGAAGUCCGCGAAUUCACUUUAUCACCGAUUCAAGCUACCAUCAUUUUACAUUUUGAAGAUAAAAAUCGGUGGAAGAUCGAGGAACUUGCGGCGCAGCUCGAAAUUUCAGACGACCUGUUAUUAAAGCACAUUUCUGUGUGGAUCAAUCACGGGCUAAUAUCUUUUGCAUCGGGGCGUAAAGAGCUAGUGGGUAGCAAAUCGUACGAGGACACGCGGUGUGACAACGACUUAGUAAUUGAAGAGCUUGAAACUGCUGUGUCGUCGGAUGCGCAAGCACAUGAAGAUCUCAAGGUAUUGGAAGCCUAUAUUGUUGGUAUGCUCUCGAACUUUGGAUCGCUUACUAUCCAGCGGAUCCACAACAUGCUUGCAACCUUUGCGAGAAGUGGCACGCAGCCCUACACCAAGACGAUUUCGGGACUUUCAGUGGUUCUCGGAAAGCUCGUCAGCAAUGGCAAGUUAGAAUUCUUUAACGGCCAAUACCAACUAGCCAAAUAG